AGCUGGAUGCCAAGGAUGCAACACCAGUAACAGAUGACACUGCAGCUAUAUCUAAGAGACCUGGUUUUUCAGAGUGCUUGGAGUCUAAGCUGUCCAGGAUCGACCUGGCCAACACGCUGCGAGAGCAGGUCCAAGAUCUGUUCAACAGGAAGUAUGGGGAGGCAUUGGGCAUCAAGUACCCCGUCCAAGUGCCUUACAAGAGGAUCAAGAACAACCCAGACUCGGUCAUCAUCGAGGGCCUUCCCCCCGGCAUCCCCUUCAGGAAGCCCUGCACUUUCGGCUCCCAGAACCUGGAGAGGAUCCUGGCGGUCGCUGACAAAAUCAGCUUUACCAUCACCAGACCUUUUCAAGGACUCAUUCCAAAACCAGCACCUCGACGCGUCACUUUACUAAAGAAGGCCUACGCCUCAAUAAGUGAUGAUGACGAUAUUAACCGCAUGGGGGAGAAAGUAGUCCUUCGAGAGCAAGUCAAGGAACUGUUCAACAAGAAAUAUGGUCAGUAGACUUUGAUUCUUGUGU